UCUUCAUCUCUUCCCUUCUUCAACUUCACUCCGACAGUCCGACAGCGUCACCAGCACAACCGCCUCGCACUGUCGCAAUCCGUCCAGUUGCCAACCAGAAAAGACUUCGUAGGCUCGCAGCCCGUCCAAUCUCCGACCACUUCCUCAGUCCGUCCAAAUACAAUCCCAGUCUCCGUCCACACUCCACAGCCAGACCGCAGCCUACAUUGUCACUCCGUGGUUCCGUCCGUUCACCAUUCGUCCACCGGACCACCUAUUAUAGAUUUAUAGCCUCAGCCCUCAGCAGAGUGAAAAUGGCGGCAAAGACUGAGAUGUAGUGAGCAAGCGUCUUUCAGCUCUCCCAUCAGUCACAUGUUAAUGCGAAGAAGAUUGUAUUACUAUAACCCAACCACCACUCUGAGUUUCAGUACAUUCGCUGCAUCCAUCCUUCACAUAGAGGAACAGCACGCUCAUCGUCCCAUCGCAACCAACCCACAGCUCGCCAAAGAAUCCAUCUUUAAAUUCCAAGAUCGCUAUAACUUCAAUCAUGCUUCAAGUCAAAGCAGUGCUUCCAACCGCUUUGGGACGACGGCUUUACCUGAAACACACUCCUCUUUCUCGCCCUUGUUUUCUGGAAAGUACGGUUAUUUAGUCGACAAGUACCGGUUCCUGAGUCCUGUGAAUGACGCAAAACAUCUGCAUUUGGAAAUUGUGAAGAAUGGGUAUAGUCAAGAAUUGUUUUUGUGUAAUUACCUUAUUCAACUGUAUGUGAAAAAUGGUGAUGUGGCUGCUGCACGUGACCUGUUCGACGAGAUGCCUGACAGGAAUGCGAUUACCUGGGCUAGUUUGAUCACAGGGUAUGCUAAGAAUGACAUGCCCAAUGAGGCUUGUGAAAGUCUUCAACAGAUGGUGCGUUCGGGAUUUGUUCCUAACCAUUAUUCUUUUGGUAGUGCUUUAAGGGCUUGUCAAUCUUUAGGGGCUUGUGGGCUUAGGUUGGGGAUGCAAAUUCAUGCUUUGGUUUUGAAGACGUGCUACUUGGUUGAUGAGGUUAUCUGCAAUGUGUUGAUUUCUAUGUACAGGUGUUGUGGUGAUCCUGGGGAAUAUGCUUGGAGUGUAUUUUGUGGUAUAGAAGCUAAGAAUUCAGUGUCUUGGAAUUCUAUAAUUUCCUUUUAUUCUCAAAGAGGAGAUUCUGCUUCUGCUUUCAAGCUUUUCUCCAUUAUGCAAAAUGAGAGUAUGGAAUUUUAUUCUAAACCAACUGAAGACACUUUUGGCAGCUUAAUUUCCACUGCUGCUUCUCAUGGUAAUUGUGGUUUGCUUUUGCUAGAGCAGGUAUUGGGAAGAAUUGAAAAAUCUGGAUUUUUAAAAGACCUGUAUGUGGGCAGUGCUUUAGUUUGUAGUUUUGGAAGGCUUGGCUGUCUUGACACUGCAUUGAAGAUUUUCAAGCAGAUGGGCAUGAGAAACGUAGUUUCUAUGAACGGUCUGAUGGUUGGGCUCAUUCAACUAAAGCGAGGAGAAGACGCUGCUAAGGUUUUUGUUGAGACAAGAGACAUGGUUGAAAUAAAUUAUUCCUCUUUUGUUGUUCUUUUGAGUGCUUUCCCUGAAUUCUCUUUGUUGGAAGAAGGAAAACAAAGAGGUAAAGAAGUACAUGCAUAUGCUCUCCGAACUGGCUUGUAUGAUUCCAAGGUUUCUAUUGGAAAUGGUCUAAUUAAUAUGUAUGCAAAAUGUGGUGCAAUUGAAGAGGCUCGUUCUGUUUUUAACCUCAUGAUUGAUAAGGAUUUAACAUCUUGGAAUUCUUUGAUCUCUGGUCUUGACCGGAACGAGUGUUUUGAAGAUGCAGUCUGGGGUUUCAGAACAAUGAGGAGUAUUGGUAUGAUGCCUUCAAACUUCAAUUUGAUUAGUGCUCUGAGUUCAUGUGGGAGCCUGGGUUGGAUCAGGAUGGGCAGUGGAAUACAUUGUGAAGCAAUUAAAUUGGGACUUGACUUGGAUGUGUCAGUGUCUAAUGCUCUCCUUGCAUUGUAUGCUGAUGUUCGGUUUAUCUGUGAAUGCAGGAAAAUAUUCUCCUUGAUGCCUGAACGUGACCGUGUUUCUUGGAAUUCUAUAAUUGGUGCAUUGAGUGAUUCUGAGGCAUCUAUAUUUGAAUCUAUAGAAUAUUUCAAAGAAAUGAUGCGCGCUGGAUGGAGACUUAACCGAGUUACUUUCAUAAAUGUCCUUUCUGCAGUAUCAUCCCUUUCUCUUCUUGGUCUUGCUAGCCAAAUUCAUGCUCUGGUACUAAAAUACAAUGCAAUCGAUGAUGUAGCUAUUGAAAAUGCAUUUCUUACUUGCUAUGGGAAAUGCGGGCAAAUGGAUGAUUGUGAAAAAAUAUUUUCUAGAAUGUCUGACAGGAGAGAUGAUGUGAGUUGGAACUCUAUGAUCUCUGGGUAUAUACACAAUGAGUUCCUAACGAAGGCCAUGGGUUUAAUCUGGCUUAUGCUGCACAAUGGUCAGAGGUUAGAUUGCUUCACCUUUUCUACUGUUCUGAGUGCAUGUGCCUCAGUUGCAACACUAGAGCGUGGCAUGGAAGUCCACGCGUGUGGGAUUAGAGCUUUUUUGGAAUCAGAUGUUUUUGUUGGGAGUGCCCUGGUUGACAUGUACUCCAAAUGUGGCCGUAUAGAUUAUGCUUCAAGAUUCUUUAAAUUAAUGCCUGAAAGAAAUGUAUAUUCGUGGAACUCAAUGAUAUCUGGUUAUGCAAGGCAUGGACAUGGACAUGAAGCACUAGAGGUUUUCAGAAAAAUGAAGCUGGAAGGCCAACCACCAGAUCAUGUUACUUUUGUUGCUGUCUUGUCAGCUUGUAGCCACAUAGGACUCGUCGAACAAGGAUUUGAUCAUUUUGAAUCUAUGAGCAGAGUGUAUGAUUUGACCCCUCGAAUCGAGCAUUUCUCUUGCAUGGUUGAUCUCCUUGGUCGAGCAGGCGAGCUUGAUAAGAUGGAGGACUUCAUCCAAACAAUGCCAUUAAGGCCUAACGCACUAAUCUGGAGAACUGUUCUGGGGGUAUGCAGUCGAGCUAGUGAUCGCAAAAGAGAUCUAGGUAGGAAGGCUGCGCAAAUGCUUAUGGAGCUGGAACCUCAAAAUGCAGUAAACUAUGUUCUUCUAGCAAAUAUGCACGCGUCUGGUGGGAAGUGGGAAGAUGUUGCUCAGGCCCGACGCUCUAUGAGGGAAGCAACAGCAAGGAAAGAAAAAGGAUGCAGCUGGGUCAGCAUGAGAGAUGGCAUUCACAUUUUUGCUGCUGGCGACAAAUCUCACCCCGAUACAGAUGUAAUCUAUGAAAACCUCAGGGAACUGCACAAAAAGAUGAAGCUUGUAGGGUAUGUACCGCAGAUAAAAUAUGCUUUGUAUGACCUUGAUCUGGAGAACAAGGAAGAACUCCUGAGCUAUCACAGUGAGAGAAUUGCAGUUGCUUUUGUUCUUACACGCAAAUCGGAGAUGCCAAUAAGAAUAAUGAAAAAUCUCAGAAUUUGUGGGGACUGUCAUGAUGCCUUCAAAUACAUAUCACAAAUUGUUGGCAGGCAGAUAAUACUACGAGACUCCAUCAGGUUUCAUCAUUUUGCUGAUGGUAAGUGCUCAUGUAAUGAUUACUGGUGAUUGAUCAAGAGUUGCUUCUAUCAGGAUUCAGGAAGCUGCCAUUGCAGCAUUACUGUGGCACAGGGAUAAGGAGAUUGAGAAGGCCAUUUUGCAAGUAUGGAGACCACACAAAGAUGAUCAGAAGAGUGUUGUAUUCUUAUGAGGGUUUAGACUGUGAAUGAAUGGCUAACACAAGGUAAUGAUCAUAGCCUGAUCAAUUUUUUUGGAUCAACGGGAGGGGCACGGCGAAGCUCAAACUUGGAAAAUAGUGCAGAGUCUCUCCUCAACUCAGAGACUCCCAACCAACCAUCCUCUAAAAUUCGCUAAAGGAUUAUAGGAGGACGAUCUUCCAACACCUGCAAACCUUGAACAUGCUAGAACAAGUUUUUUAUUGGUGGACAGUAGGUUAUAUCGUGUUGAGCCAUUUAAACCUAGAGUUCCAACUCAUGAAAGACUUGUCAGUGAGUUCAACCAGUCAAAUAGUUCUGCUACUCCUACUCAAUUACGGUGGAAGCCUGUGGAUAUCCCAGAAUCACCAACUCAUUUCAUUGAUGGGCUGUACACUGUCUGUGGAGCUGGCAGCUCUUACCUCCGGCAUGGUUUUGCAAUUCACAUGUAUACAGCUAAGAAAUCAAUGGACAACUGUGCAUUCUGCAAUGCUGAUGGGGACUUUUUGAUAGUUCCUCAAAAAGUAAGGUUGUGGAUUACAACUGAAUGUGGUAGUUUGCAAGUCAGCCUUGGUGAAAUAGUAGUUAUUCCUCGAGGAUUUCGCUUUGCUGUUGAUCUGCCGGAUGGAGAAUCAAUCGCGAGGUUAUGUUGGUGAAACUUUUUGAACUCAUUUUCAACUCCCUGAUCUUGGGCCAAUAGGUGCACAUAAAGUUCAAAAUUACUUACGCUCCGUGCAUGUUAAAUCAGAGAUCGUAUGAUAUGCUUUGAUUCUGUUUAUGUGCAAAUGGUCUUGCUGCUCCAAGGGAUUUUCUUGUUCCGGUGGCAUGGUUUGAUGAUAGUUGCCGUCCAGGUUACACCAUUGUACAAAAAUUUGCCGCAAAACAAGAGUUUUCACCAUUCAACGUGGUUGCUUGGCAUGGCAAUUACGCCCCUUACAAGUAUGAUCUAAGCAAGUUCUGCCCUUAUAACACUGUUUUGUUUUAUCACAUUGAUCCAUCAA